CGACAUUCGAGUUGCGGAGCUUUUCAGCGUUCCCUCGUGCCAGAGAGCUCUCUCUGUUGUGUCACAAUCACUUGGAAUCGGUUUCUCACCGGUGAGUCGUUCGGCGAUGGCGGAGUACAAGCCAGCACGGACGUUCGUGGAUGCCGACGGCACCAAGCACCACUUCACGUCAGAGUAAGGACACACAGCCACACACACAGCUGUCCAGCCCCUCGGCUGGGGCCAAGCUGAGUGGCCCGUCCUGGUGAGCCAUAUCACGCGCGUGUGUGUUGGUUGCUGACAGGGACAGUGAGAUUGUGAUCCAGACGGACUAUGUGGAGGCCAUUGAUGACGUCAACAAGUCCAUGCUCCUCACCAAACGGUGGGAAGGCCAAUCCCCAGGCCACCACAUAAUGCACUCUCCUUUUGCUUCUUGCUUCAGUACGUUCUCAUCUGGCGCCGCGCCCAAGGAGUUGGCCUCACGUCUGUCAGCCCGGCUGAGCAUGCCGAUGCGUGAGCGUGUGGAUGGCGAUGAUGAGGAAGAAGAGGACCUGCAGAUCUACCAUGACGAGGUUGGUUGGUGCCGGGACAGCGGGCCCCCUCGUCCAAAAGGUUGGUUGGUUGGUUCACUUGGCUUAGGUCGAGUGGCUGACCAAGAAGGCAUCAAAGGAGGACGUCGAAGACAUCAGAAAUGAAGCCAUCAAAGCCGCCACACGGGUAAGGCAAACCCAGCCCAGCCCCCGGGCCCCGACUCUCUGUCCACCAUGUCUCGCCCAACGUGUCUCCGUUGGUUUCUUUCCAUCGACGGACUGACUCAUCAUCAUAUCAUGCAGGCGGGGUCGAAGGUGAAGAAGAGGGUGUCGAUCGACGAGGACCACGUGGAGGUCAUCCACGACGCCCCCACCCGCAGCGGCAGUUUGUUGAGUCGCCUCUCCACACUCUUCCAGAUCAACGACAACGACAACGACCUCGAGGACAUCGGAUGCGUCAACGAACCAGUCGCAGCAAAGACACAGGCACACCACGCCACGCCACACACGCACUCAGAGAGAUGGAGGGAGACACCACUCUGCUCUGCUCUGUGUGUGUCAGGGCAUGGGAUUCUGUCAGGGCGGCCCUCCGGCCCCCUUUUGCCGGCUGUUUUUCGGUGGCUGUUUCCAGCCAGCCGUGUCCAAGGAAGAGGUCCUUGUCGAUGCCGGUGAGCUGCUGGAGGAGGCCGAGCCCGUCCGCGAAGCCGUCUACGAGCUGCCCAAUAUCCUCACAGAUUUGGACCUCGCAAAGGCUGUGGACCGCAGUGAGUGCACUGAUGAGCGCAGAGGUCUGUGUCUGAGUGCCAUGUGUGCGUGCGUGCGUGUGUUGUGCAGUGUUCGAGACGGAUGAUGACGAGUGCAGCUUUUGUUGAGGAGGCACAAUGGAUGGAUGGAUGGAUGUGUCCGUUCGCUUGUGGUCUGGCUGGCAUAGUGCGACUAAGACCGUUUUGGUUGGUCGUGUGUCAUGUUGCCCUUUUGUUAGGGCGUGUUAAUGCAUUGGGCGUCUGUCUCCAUGACUUACUGUGGUUGGUCUGUCUUUUUCGUUCGGUUGCCUCCCUGUCUGUCUGCCUACCAGUGAGUGACCAGUAUCCAGCGCCCCACAUGAGCUCACGAGUGAGGUGAGGACCGUCUGAAUGCACACACAUGCGCACAGACCGUAUGAAGCGGGCGAUAGAUGGAUGCACUAAUGGGGACUGCAUUCAUCACUCAUUAAUUGAGUUUGCC